GGGGCGGGGACCUUUAAGAGGCGCGGCCGCUGGGAGCGACUCAGACGCGCGCAGCGCCGGGACUCGCCGCCGCGGGACUCGGGCAGACCGCAGCGCUCCGGCUCCUCCCCCUCUCACGAUCGCCCUCCGCAGCGAUGGACGGAGACGGUGACCCAGCCUGCCCCACCCCGCCGGCAGAGAGCGUGGGCCAACCCGAGGAGGCAAGCCCGGAGGAGCAGCCGGAGGAGGCGGGCGCGGAGGCGGCAGCCGAAGAGGAGCAGCCGGAGGAGGAGGCAGCGGAGACGGUAGAGGAGGAGGAGGAACAGGGGGAGGAGGCGGCGUACUUGGCCGAGCUGCCGGAGCCGCUGCUGCUGCGGGUGUUGGCGGCUCUGCCUGCCUCGGAGCUGGUGCAGGCCUGCCGCCUGGUGUGCCUUCGCUGGAAGGAGUUGGUGGACGGCGCCCCGCUGUGGCUGCUCAAAUGCCAGCAAGAGGGGCUGGUACCCGAGGGCGGCGCGGACGAGGAGCGCGACCACUGGCAGCAGUUCUACUUCCUGAGCAAGCGACGGCGCAACUUGCUGCGCAACCCGUGCGGCGAGGAGGACCUGGAGGGUUGGUGCGACGUGGAGCACGGCGGGGACGGCUGGAGGGUGGAGGACCUGCCUGGUGACAGCGGGGUGGACUUCACACACGAUGAGAGCGUCAAGAAGUAUUUCGCCUCCUCCUUCGAGUGGUGUCGCAAGGCGCAGGUCGUGGACCUGCAGGCCGAGGGCUACUGGGAGGAGCUGCUGGACACGACCCAGCCCGCCAUCGUGGUGAAGGACUGGUACUCGGGCCGCAGCGACGCGGGUUGCCUGUACGAGCUCACAGUGACGCUGCUGUCGGAGCAUGAAGACGUGCUGGCCGAGUUCCACAGCGGCCAGGUGGCAGUGCCCCCGGACAGUGAGGACGCAGGCUGGGUGGAGAUCUCGCACACCUUCACCGACUACGGUCCUGGCGUCCGCUUCGUCCGAUUCGAGCACGGUGGCCAGGACUCGGUCUACUGGAAAGGCUGGUUCGGGGCCCGGGUGACCAACAGCAGCGUGUGGGUGGAGCCCUGAGGGUCCCCUUGUCUCGCCUACCGGGCCAGACCCGCUCUGCCUUAGUAGCAUCCUCGCAUUCCGUGCCCCGCACCCUCCUCCCCCUUUCCUCCUCCCC